AUGGCAGCCUCCGCGGUGAAGGGUGCCAUGGCGCUGGGCUCCAGCCUUGAUUGGCCGGUUGUUUCUGUCAGAAAAAUUCCUUGGACUGCAGCGGCUAAUGAGCUAAGAGAACACUUUGUACAGUUUGGUCAUAUACGGAAGUGCCGUGUACCUUUUGACAAAGAGACUGGCUUUCACAGAGGUAUGGGUUGGAUUCAUUUUUCUUCAGAAGAAGAACUUCAGAAUGCAAUACAACAGGAAAAUCAUACUAUUGAUGGAGUAAAGCUCCAUGUUUAAGCUCAAAGACCAAAAAAUUUGCAAGCGCAUCAAACAUCA